AUGCCCAGUGGAAAAGCAGAGGCGUCUCUUGCACAAGAACUUUUCGUUAUUCGCGGCGAGCAUGCAGCAACUAAUCACUCACCAAAUGUUGAAUGGAAAAUCUCGAAUCGCACACUGUUGGUCUUCAUUACCAUCUUACUUUUGACUCUCAUGGUUGCUUUGGACAGUACCUCGAUUGGUGUGGCAUUGCCAACGAUUUCGAGGGCGCUUCAUAGUUCAGGCAUCGAGACGUUUUGGGCUGGUACUGGAUUUUUGCUGUGUGCAACAGUCUUCCAGCCAAAUUUUGUUUCUUUUUCCACCAUCUUUGGCCGUCGAUCUCUCUUCAUCAUCGGCAUAGUCUUCUUUUUCGUUGGGGCUGUGGUGGCAGGUGUAUCGAAGAAUGUUACUCAGCUACUAGUUGGCCGAUGCAUACAAGGUGUCGGAGGCGGAGGCAUUUCGGCCAUUACCGAAGUUCUCAUCGCUGACUUGGUACCGAUGAGGUAUCGAGGUCAGUAUUACGGCCUCAUGAAUGCUAUGUGGAGCGUGGGAUCUGUCUGUGGCCCUAUCAUUGGAGGCGCUUUUGCAGGCAGUGCGUCAUGGCGGUGGAUAUUCUACAUCAAUUUCCCCUUCGUCGGCGUCGGACUUAUUUGCGUUGUAGUGUUCAUGAACCUCCACUUCGUCCCGACGUCACUUUCUGACAAGCUUCGUCAAAUUGACUACAUCGGCUCCCUCAUCUUCAUCGUCAGCACGACAGCAUUCCUCAUUCCCUUGACGUGGGGUGGCGUGGCAUACAGUUGGCACUCAUGGAGAACACUAGUCCCUCUCAUUAUGGGUAUCACGGGGUGUGGCGUAUUUGUUGUUUAUGAAUCGUACUUUGCCCGAGCCCCCAUCAUUCCGAUCGAUCUCUUCAAGAACCUCACUGCUAGCGUCUCGUUUGUCAGCGCUGGGCUCUCGGGCCUGCUUGUUUGGUGCAUUGUCUACUAUAUGCCAUUGUAUUUCCAGGCUGUGAAAGAAUACAGUCCCGUCUUGACCGGGGUGUGCAUCUUCCCCCAAACGUUCACUGUCGCACCCGCAGGUGCGAUAGCUGGCAUGGCCAUAACAAAGACUGGCAAAUAUCGAUGGGCAAUUUGGUCGGGGUGGGCUCUUGCGACUCUGGGGUUGGGCCUGCUUUGUAUUCUGGAGGUCGGAACCAGCGUCCCAGGUUGGAUCUUUCUGAACCUGGUCUCUGGCAUCGGCCUUGGAUUCCUCUUCCCUUCUGUGGCUUCAGCAAUACAGGCGGCUACUGAUCCAGAGCAUGUCCCCAUGGCCUUGGCUAUGUUUAGCUUCUUCAGAUCUCUUGGCCAGGCUGUUGGGGUAGCCAUUGGGGGGGUGAUAUUCCAAAAUCGGAUGGUCACAAACCUCCUCAACUAUCCAAAUCUUGCGCCAAACGCCACGGCUUAUGGUGCCGACGCCGCCGGCUUGGUCGAUAUCAUCAAGUCCAUGUCCGAUGGCCAGGACAAGCGUGACCUUCAACAAGCCUUUGUUGAUAGCCUGCGCAUAGUUUGGGCAGUGUGCUGCGCACUUGCUGGUAUUGGGCUUCUCUUGAGUCUGCUCAACCAAAAGUAUAGCAUUGAUCGACAACUCGAUAGUGAUCAGGGAAUCAUUGAAAAGCAUCAGUUUCGUCCUCAUACGGAGAGCACGGAAGCUUGA